AGAAUGAGGGAGAUAAUGGUGUUCAAGCAGAUUCUUUCGUUCUUGUCACUCUUUCAUCUUCAAAUCAAUUCAUAUAUAUAUACCAUUUCAUUUGUGGAGCGCUAGAAACUAUUCAUUGAACUUCAUCUUUCUCAUAUAACAGUCCCUCUUUCUAAUCAGUAUGGCUCUUUCAUACGAAGCAAUCGUCGUCAUCGUCCUCCUUGGCUGCGUCGCUGCUGUCCUUAUCGGUUAUUCCAUACACUCUCUUUCAACCAACGGAUUCCAGGAUGAUGAGCCGAAGCUUGAUAUAUCAUAUGAGCAAAGGAAAUAUAUGCGGGAACACCGACUACGCAACCUACACUGGCUCGCUCGGGAAGCCCGUGGUGGAAAAGUGGAUCGAGACGUUGAAGCGGCCUUUCCUCCUAGCGCGGAGCACCAUGAUUGAGUCGACAGUGGUAUAGAAAAUGGAUUAUCUCUUUUUACGAAGCAGUUGAUCUCAUGCGGAGCCCGAGAGAGUGCAUCACUACAUUCACGCUGUGGGGGAUGUCGUGGCUUGGUUAAACAAACACUAUUGUAUUGGAGUUGCUCCAGAAGUCAUGAGCUUACGACGUCAAGAGUUCUUGUCGAACAAAUCAAAAGCAUGUCCUGGCGACUUGCAUACAUGGGACCAUGGUCUUGCCUGCUCUUUAGUUGGUUAGCAGCCACGUUAACAUAAUGGGUGUUUGCCAUUGUACAGUACUAGUCAAAGGUUAGACUCUAUACCAGGAAAACACAUGUCCAAUACCACACAUAA